GCGCUCAGCGGCUCCGGAGGUGCGGAGGCCGCCGCGCGGCUCGGCUCCGCUCGGCUCGGCUCGGCUCGGCUCCGCUCCGGCUGUUCCGGGAGUCGGGCGGGGAGCGCGGGCCGAGACCCAGCGGACCGGACGACCUCUCCUUCGUCACUUCCUGCCGGCCCGCGGUUUCCGGAGGGAACGAGAAGCCAGGCAGAGACUUGAGAUGCUGAGCCCCGGGCAGAGGCCUACCCCACACUAACGGGUGUGCGGCAGCGACUGAGCAAGUGUAGUCCUGCUCCUUCUGCAACAUGAGAGCUAAUUAGCAAGAGUCUAAACUCGCUGCUGCUGCGGCUGUGAAGUGACCUCCAGUCCCGUCUCACAUGGACCAGGGUGUCACAUGCAGCGACAGAUGGAGCACAACAGCAAGAAGGAAGAAAAAUCACAGCUUUCCCAGGCUGGGAGAAAAAAUAUGGAAUGUGUUGUACCAUUGACUGAAUACAACCUAAUGAACUGUACUGACCGUAGUUCCGAAAGCAGCAGCUAACUAACAGUCUCUUCAGACUUCAGCCUCAUCCAGCACUUUCCAGACCAGACUCGCUGUUUGCAAGAACUCUUGGCCUCCCGAAGUUAGCAACCUCAGACUCUGUUUAUUUAAAAUAUCUCUGUGCAAGAAAAGUACCCCAGAGCCCAUUCUCCAAAAUGGCCAUGGAUGGGUAUUUGUGGAUGGUCAUUUUGGGUUUUAUUAUUGCUUUCAUCCUGGCCUUUUCAGUUGGUGCCAAUGACGUUGCCAACUCCUUCGGAACCGCAGUGGGCUCUGGCGUAGUGACCUUGAGACAGGCAUGCAUUCUGGCUUCGAUAUUUGAAACCACUGGCUCUGUGCUCCUGGGAGCGAAAGUAGGGGAGACCAUCCGGAAGGGCAUCAUCGAUGUGAACCUCUACAAUGACACCGUGGAGACGCUCAUGGCUGGGGAAGUGAGUGCCAUGGUUGGUUCAGCUGUUUGGCAGUUGAUCGCAUCCUUCCUGAGACUUCCAAUCUCAGGAACUCACUGCAUAGUCGGCUCUACCAUAGGGUUCUCACUUGUGGCGAUUGGUACCAAAGGCGUGCAGUGGAUGGAGCUUGUCAAGAUUGUGGCUUCCUGGUUUAUAUCGCCGCUUCUUUCUGGCUUCAUGUCUGGUGUGCUGUUUGUGCUAAUCAGGAUGUUCAUCUUAACCAAGGAGGACCCUGUUCCAAACGGUCUCCAGGCGCUUCCUCUGUUCUAUGCUGCUACUAUAGCAAUAAACGUCUUCUCCAUCAUGUACACGGGAGCACCAGUGCUGGGGCUGACGCUUCCCAUCUGGGCCAUAGCUCUCAUUUCCUUUGGCGUCGCUCUGGUGUUCGCCUUCUUCGUGUGGCUCUUCGUGUGUCCGUGGAUGAAGAGGAAGAUAGCAGGCAAAUUAGAAAAGACGAGCGCUUUAUCGCGGACAUCUGAUGAAAGUCUCAGUAAAGCCCAGGAGGUGGAGUCCCCCUUUAAGGAGCUCCCUGGUGCCAAAGGCGGCGAUGACAGUGCUGUCCCCCUCACCAGCCCGGCUGGGGAGGCCGUGGGACCCUCCGAGGGCACAUCGACAGGGAACCACCCCCGGACAGCCUAUGGACGGGCACUUUCCAUGACUCACGGCUCUGCAAAGUCACCCAUCUCCAACGGCACGUUCGGCUUUGAAGGCCACAUGAGGAAUGACGGUCACGUUUAUCACACUGUACACAAAGACUCGGGGCUCUACAAAGACUUGCUGCACAAAAUCCAUGUAGACAGAGGCCCCGAGGAGAAGCCCGCUCAGGAAAACAACUACAGGCUGCUGCGGCGGAACAACAGCUACACCUGCUACACCGCGGCCAUCUGUGGCAUGCCGGUGCACACCGCCUUCAGAGCCCCAGAUGCCUCCUCCGCCCCCGAGGACAGCGAGAAGCUGGUGGGCGACACGGUGUCCUAUUCCAAGAAGCGGCUUCGCUACGACAGCUACUCCAGCUACUGCAAUGCUGUCGCCGAGGCCGAGAUCGAGGCUGAGGAGGGGGGCGUAGAAAUGAGGCUGGCCUCUGAGCUGGCGGAUCCCGACCAGCCUCACGAGGACCCCACGGAGGAAGAGAAGGAGGAGAAGGACACGGCAGAGGUCCACCUGCUCUUCCACUUCCUGCAAGUCCUCACUGCCUGCUUUGGGUCCUUUGCUCAUGGUGGCAAUGAUGUGAGCAAUGCAAUUGGUCCCCUCGUGGCUUUGUGGCUGAUCUAUGAACAAGGUGGGGUUAUGCAAGAAGCUGCUACCCCAGUCUGGCUGCUGUUUUAUGGAGGAGUCGGGAUUUGCACAGGUCUCUGGGUUUGGGGGAGAAGAGUGAUCCAGACCAUGGGAAAGGACCUCACUCCCAUCACACCUUCCAGUGGCUUCACUAUUGAGCUGGCCUCUGCCUUCACUGUGGUGAUUGCCUCCAACAUCGGCCUUCCCGUCAGCACCACACACUGCAAGGUGGGCUCCGUGGUGGCCGUGGGCUGGAUACGCUCGCGGAAGGCUGUGGACUGGCACCUCUUCCGGAACAUCUUUGUGGCCUGGUUCGUGACUGUCCCCGUGGCCGGAUUAUUCAGUGCUGCUAUCAUGGCUAUCUUCAUGUAUGGGAUCCUCCUGUCAUAGGCGUGGUCUGUAAACGGCUCUAGGGAUAGUCUAACCCGGGCCUCCGUAGCCACAACCCUCCCCCUCCUCCUCCACACCUGCACACCCCCCAUACCUUGCAGAUGGCGUCGUCGUGCCACACACUGCUUACCCAGGCCACGACGUUCAUCCUCCAGAGUCAGCCUACGUCCUGUACAUAGUAGUAUGUGUCAUGGUGACAUAGUGUGGUGCGGUUACUUAGAUUAAAUACACAUCGUGUACCUAGGAUAUCUAGCAUUGAUUUCAAACAAACUCAGAAUGGAAGUGGAAGAGUAUUGCCUCAAGUGCAAUAUUCUGUUAACUGUAUAUAAUGAUUUCAGCGGGGGCAAGUGUUAAAACGUUUAAAAGUGUAGGCUAUAAAAAUCCUUUUUUAAAAAUACUGUAAUAUAAGUGAGAUGCAGUAUACUUAAUGCAAACUUGGGCAAGUUCUCAGGCCCUUGUGCGACGGCAUCAUGCUGGGACAGGUGUUCACAAGUGCUUUCUCUGAGGAAUGUGUUCAGGAGCUGUGUAUGAGUUGCUGUGUAAUGUAUCACUAUCGCUUUUGUAAAUACUUCAACUGUAAUUUUAAUGGUCUGCUUCCCUUACACUUUACUGAUUGGAGAAUUUUGGAAAGUACCAAAGAAACAGGGGAUAAAUCGCCAGUAUUAUAUCUUCAUGUUGUUUGUUUCCUUCCCACUGGCCACUGCGGGGAGCCUGGUCCAUCAGCAGGCAAGCUCCUAACCAGGGCAGCGUGUGUGGUUGGAAGCACCAGCCGCCCACCAGAGAAGCCACACCGCUGCCAUACCAGGCCCUGGUGAGCUUAUUCAGUGGCCUUUCACUGUCACCAGCGUGGACAACACACAGCAAUGGGGGUGUACAAUUAAACACUACAUACAUAUCAAGUCCCGUCCCAGUGUCCCUCCCUGUUCCGCCUGCAGCCUGAAAUGCGGAGUUCUUGUCGCAAGCAGCAAGGCCAGCGAGGCUUUUGAUGCCCCUGGAUGCUGUAAAUCUCAGGGCUGAGUGGGGAACAUUAGGAGGGACACUGGGCUUGGGGAUCCAUGAGGCCUUUUUACGUAGAGCAUCUGAGGUCGUCCUGUAGAGCCGCUGUUGUCUUCUGACAGUGAGAGACAGUAUGACUAAAUGUUAAGAGCCUGAAACCAUGGAAAUGCUGCUAAUAUUUUUAUAUUGACAUACAUUUUCACGGUACUUCAUUGUAAUUUUUCAUUAAUCAACCAUAUUAAAUUUAUAAUAAAAAAGUGCCCCUCAAAAGUUUA